CCGCCGGCUACAACCUAAUCCACCAAAAUGGUCAAGAAACGGUCGUCGAACGGACGUAACAAGAAGGGCCGCGGCCACGUCAAGCCAAUCCGAUGCUCCAAUUGCUCGCGAUGCACCCCCAAGGAUAAGGCCAUCAAGAGAUUCACCAUUCGCAACAUGGUCGAGUCUGCCGCCAUCCGUGACAUCUCCGACGCUUCUGUCUUCAACGAUUACGCCGUACCCAAAAUGUACUUGAAGCUCCAGUACUGCGUUUCCUGCGCCAUCCACGGAAAGAUUGUGCGUGUCCGUUCUCGAGAGGGUCGUCGCAACCGUGCCCCUCCCCCAAGAAUUCGGUACAACAGGGACGGAAAGAAGAUGAACCCGACCCAAGCCGCCAAGACUGCCCAGGCAUAGAUAUGAGUCCUGUCGGUGGAUCGGUGGAAUAUUCGGGAGAGCAUGCUUGGGAUAAUGAGGUGGCGGCAAAAUGCGGCUGCUGCUCUCUUCAUGUCUAAUUUUUCCUUUUUUCCCCUCUUUUUUAAAUCUCUCUCUUCCGCUCUGUGUAUGUUUUUUUCAACGGUGUCAGGCAAAAUAAAAACAGGGUUUUUAUAUAUCAACAUAGGUUCCUGUGACAACAAAGACUU